AUGGAGGCCCUUUCGAACUUCGCCAACUACCUGACACGUGGCGUGCAGCGACGGGUGGAGAUGAUGGUGGCGUACAAGGUGGAGGCCAAGCUGGACAGAUACAUCCCCGACGGAUUCUCAUACACGGACGCCGUCAAGAUGCAGAUUGCAAUCUACAUCGCCAAGGGCCUUGCUGUGGGACUGGGCUGGUUCGGGCUGCAUGGGUGGCGGGGGGGAUGGAGUUCUGCCUUCAUCCCUUCAUCCCUUCAAGACUUCUGUCACCCCGUCGCCACCUUUGCCAUCUCGGUGUGA